GCAAUAAUAUCAAAGCAUAAUUUUUAGAUAAUAUUAUUGAACAAUAAUCUCAAUCAAACCGCCAAAAUAAUAACAAACGCCAUUUAAAAAAAAAAAAAAUAAAAAAAGAAGAGAGUAAAAUUCAAAGCUAUUAUAUUAUCUAUUGUUAUCUGUUUGUAUGUAUUUGUUGUGUCCCCAGGUAUACACUGGUAUACACAUAUCUGGGUUGAUCUCUUAUCUAGAUGACGAUGAUGACAAUGAUGAAGAGAGAAAAAGAGGUGGUACCAAGUGAAAGUUGUGUAUAUUUUUUUAUCAAUUUAUAAAUGUAGGUUGAUAAUAAAAUAGCAAUAAUAAUAGUAACUAUUAUUAUUUAAAAACAAUAAAUUAGUUAAUUAUUUAUAAAAAUAAUUAUAACAAGACAUAAUACAAUAAAUUUUGAUUGUUACUAAGUGAUUGUAUUGUUGUUUGAUUGUGACAAUAUAAUAUGUGAGUAAUGACGAAAAGUGUCUUGUUACAAUGUCAAUAAAAUAACAUUUAAAAAAUCAUCAUAUCUGUAUAAUAAUCUUUUUCAAUGUAUGUACAACUGGUGAUACGAUUAUAUUAGUUAACCUCAUUUUAUAAAAUUUACCAUUUUCGGUAUACCUUGAUAUAAUCAAUGAUGACAAUCAGUGUUAGACAAAAGUUUUUAUUAUGUAUGCCUACACAUUUUUUUACUCAAAUUAAUAGCCAAGUAAUAAUGUAAUAUUUACUCCAAAAAAUCUACUUUUUAUUUAUAGGUAUUUUGAUUGAAUAAAUUAAUAAUAAUGAAAAUAUAAAUAAAUAAUAUUCAAAAAAAAUAAAAAUAAAUUGAUAACAACAUCUAGAUAAGAAUAUUAUAAUUAAAAAUGUCGUUGGAAAGUGAGUGGAAAAAUACAUGUAGGCUUUGUGCUGAAAAUAAAUUAGACAUGUUAAAAAUAUUUGGUGAUGAAGGUAAAAAACGUAAAAUUGCAAAUAAAUUACGUUUAUGUUUACCAGUUUUAGUAUACAAAACAGAUCCAUUACCAAAAAAUAUAUGUCAAUUUUGUGCAGCACGUCUUGAUGAUAUUUAUGAAUUUCGUGAAUAUUGUUUAGAUAUAUAUAAAAAAAUGCAUUGUAAAUUAUUAUCAAAUAAAGAUAUUAAAACAGUUAAUAUAUUUUUGGAUGCAAUGAAUAAUUCUGUGGAUCCAUGUAAAGUUAAUUUAUGUACAAAUAAAUCACGUGCACCAUUACCACCACUAGUACCAUUGCCAAUAACAUCAAAUACAAAGAUUGAUAAUAAAUUACAAGAUGAAUUAAGUAUUAAUACAAUUGUUAAUAAUGAUAAAGCAAGUGUUGCUGAAGAAGAUGGUGAAGAUGAUGAAGAAGAUGAUAAUGAUGUUGAAAAUAAAAAAAACAAAUCAUUUGUUGAUUUAACAUGUGAUGUACAAAUCAAAGAAGAGCCAGGAGUAAAUAAUCAAGGUAUGGCACUUACUGAAGAUGAUGAUGAUGAUGAUUUUAACAAUGAAAAUAAUUAUGAUGAUGAUGAUUUAUUAACUGAUGUUAAUUUAAAUGGAAACAAAACAAUUGAUGCUGAAAAAAAAACAAGUAUACUUAAACAAGCAUUGACUGGAAAUUUAUCAGUUAAUAAUUGUCAAGAAUUAUCCAAGAAAAAAUUAACAUCUAAAUGGUGGUGUUUACCUUGUAAUAGUUAUUUCAAAACAAAAGAAGCAUUGAUAAAACAUAUGCAUCAAAAUUGUCCUCGUAGUUAUACAUGUGGUAAAUGUACACAAGUAUUUAAAAGUGUUGAAGAAUUAGCUAAACAUGAAGGCACAAAUCAUUUAAAAAUAACACUUGAUUUUGAUGAGACAGUUAAAGAAUGCCAUCAAUGUGAUCGUGAGUUUGUUAGUUGGGAAAUGCUUAGACAUCAUCGUAUACGUGAUCAUGUUGGUUGUUCACUUGAACUUGGUACAAGUACAUGGUGCCAAAUAUGUAAUAGAUUUUUUACAAAUACUGAUGAUUAUAAAAGUCAUGUGGAACUUCAUAAUUCUGAUACAUCAAUUUUAAAUAAUGACAUAAAUAAUGGCUUUGCUAUUGAUGAUGAUGAUGGUAAAAAAAAAGAAGAAUUUAUUAAAAGUAUUAAGUCUCUAACUUGUCCAACUUGUGGAAAGACAUGUACACAACAGAGUGCACUAUCAAAUCAUUUACGUACACAUGAGCCAAAAAAACAUAAAUGUGAAGAGUGUGGUAGAUCAUUUGGUUUAUUGAUACGUUUAGAAACACAUAGACUUAGUGAGCAUAAUAAUCAGCAGUCAUCAUCACCUGUUAUGACAAGUGUUGAACAAGAAGAAGCAUUAAAUGCUGAAAGAGAAGCUCGUGAAGCUAAAAUGACAGGAAAUCGUCGUAGAAAAUAUUCCGAGACAAUUGACAAUGAUGAUCUUUUAACAGACAAUCAAUCACCAGCUAAAAAACAAAAUAAUAAUUCAAAUUCAUUGAAAAAUGUUGCACGAUGUGGUAUAUGCCAACAAUGGUUUAAUGAUCAUACAACAAUGUUAACACAUUUACAAACUCAUUCAGAUAAUAUAACAGUUAAAAAUUUCUUUUGUUAUAUAUGCAAAAAAAGUUUUAAAGAAAAAUGGCAAUUACAAAGACAUGAGGUAUCACAUAAACAUAAUAAAACACUUGCAAUUAAUAAUAAAAAUAAACAUGAAAAUACUCAUGUUGUUGAUAAAACUUAUCAUUGUUCAAAGUGUAAUAAAAUAUUUUUCAAAGAAUUUUCACUUAUGACACAUCAGUGUAGUCCAUUAUUGACAAUUGAAAAAAUACCAGCUAAAAGAAAAAUUAGAAAACAAAAUUUUAAAAAAUAUGGAUGUUCAAAGUGUGAUGCUUGUUUUAAUAGUUCACAAUCGAGAAAUUCACAUAUGAAAGUUCAUGCUCCAUCAAAGACAAAAAAAAAUAUAAAUAAUGGAACUGAAGAAAGUAAAAAAAUAGUGCCAGAAUUAUCACAAGGUACGUCGUUAUUACUUGAACCGAAAAUUGUCAUUGAAGAACCAGAACCACCAGCACCAAUUAAAAGGACUCUUAUUAAAACAGCAAAUGGAUAUCGUUGUGGAGUGUGUCAGUCACCUUUUGUACUUCGUGAAUUGGCUGUUGCACAUUUACGUUCAGCACAUCCAGUGAUGCCUUAUCAAUGUCCUUAUUGUAAAAAACGUUUUACAACACAAUAUACAUUUUCACAUCAUAUUAAGGAACAACAUCCUGAUGAGUCUGAAAAAUAAUUAAAUGUCUUCAUAUUUAUUAAAAAUGUUCAUAAAUAUGUAUAUUUUUUUUUCUCUUUUUCUUUUUUUUUAAAUUAAAUUUUCGUAAUUUUAAAUUGAAAAUUAAACUUGGCUAUUAAAUGAGCAGUUUUUCUUUUUUUUUUUUUUUCAUUUGAUUUAUUAUUUUAUUAUUUUUAUUUUAUUUUAAACAAAUAGUAUUAAUAAAUUGGCAAGUAUAAAAUACAAAUUAGCUGUAUAUUUAUAAAAUUGUUUAUAAAUUAUUUAAUAAUAAUUUAAAAUUAUAUAUUUUUAAAUGAAAAUAAAAAAUAUAUUUUUUUAUACUUAGUAAUUUAGAGGUUUACUCGGAUAUCACGGUUUUGAAGUGUAAAAAAGAAAAAAAAAAAAAAAAUUUGUUAUUUAAUAAGAUGAGUCAUUGAUGGGUUCAAUUAUUAUAAAUUUGUAUCAUAAAUAAUUAUAAAUAAAUAGCUAGUAUUUAAAUA